UGAAAAUGUUUUUUCCCGUUGCUGCUGCUAGUCUGCUCCGUCUCUACAGCUGAGCUGCAAGUUCAGUCUGACAAUGACAUUCUGUCACAUGUAAGACAAACUGAGGGACAAGUGGAAGAAGCAGAGAGUCUGACUGAGCAGCAGACCUGCACACAGGACAUCAAUGCUGUUCUGAGAGAGAUGACCGCCUUGGUGGCUGCACUGAAGGUGGAGGUGCAGCACCUACAGAAAGACAAUGAAGUGAAGACGACGGAGCUGCAAUCCCUGAACCAACGAUACCAAGUACAAGAAACUCAGGUACAAAAGCUGCAGGAUCAGAAUCAAGUUCAGGCAGCAGAACUGGCUUCUGUUAAAGUCAACGCUGAAAACCAAGUGGAGGCUCUGAAGAUACAAGGAGAAGCCAAACAACUGGCUUUCUCUGCCUCUUUGUUGGCAUCGGGUAGCGGAUACACUGGACCGUUCAACACCGAUAUAACUCUGAUCUUCAGAAAUGUUGUUACUAAUAUUGGAAAUGCCUACAACCCAAAUACAGGACUGUUCACUGCACCAGUAAGAGGAGUUUAUCACUUUGACUUCCACAUACAUGGACAUGGUUCUACUAAUCCUACAUCUGCUGUGUUGGUCAAGAACGGAGAGCAAAUCUUUACAUCAUGGACUCAUCAGCCUGCUGGUGCUCAGAAAGCUUCUAAUGGCGUCUCACUGCUGUUAGAAAUUGGAGAUGUUGUAUUUUUGCGAAUGAGGGCCAAUUCAAGGAUUUAUGACAAUACAGAUAAUCACACUACAUUUAGUGGUCAUUUACUUUUCACCAUGUAGGCAUCUAAAAGAUUUUUAUUACAAUUUGUGAGCAUGAUAAAAACCCUUCUGUCUUCAGAAAGUUAUGAAAAUGAUUCAUUUGUAAAAUAAAGUUGAUCCCAGUUUUGUUCAUCCUGCUGUUUGGUUUCUACAGCAGCCAGAAGUAACAUGUCUGUAUCUGUAGCUGAGAAAAUGAUUAUUUUUGCUAAAGUCUAAUCAGAACAUAAAAGCUGAACAAGAUCAUCUGAAUUAAAGUGUCAUUUACAACUUUUAUGAAAACUGGAGGAACAAACUGUAUAUUUGAACCACAUCGUUUCUUUAUUUUCUAUUGAAACACUUGGUAACAGUAAUAAGAGCUUUUUUCAAAUGAGCGUAUAAUUUAAGUUUAUUCCAUUGACUAAAAUAUACUAAAACAUCUUCAGCUUUAUUAAAGGGGACAUUUGUUGUUUUUUUUCUUACAUGUAAGUGAAACAGUGACUUUAAAGAAACAUACAGCAGAGAAUCUGCAAUAGAAUAAUUGAAGAUGAGACCAAUCAGAGUUUUAAUUGGCCAAAUCAAAAUCUAGACUCUUACUUGACUCAACUUCUUAUCAAAAAGGAUUUGAAUUUGGCUUCUUGUUUUGAAUAAAUAUUGAAUUUACA